CCCUCGAGGCGCAUGCGCGCUCCCAGCGCUCCAUGACGAGAGCGCUGGGGCAGCAGCGGGAGGCCGGCUCGCGCUCCCAUAGGCCGCCUUCCCUCUCUUCCCCCCCCCAGCUCCUUUACCCUGGCGGGGGCGCGCGCGCGAGCCGUCGGUCGCGCGCGCCGCCGCCGCACGCCCUCGCUGCCUUCGCUGUCAGGCGCGGGCGCUGCCCGCCCUCGGCUCGCGCGCGCGCUGUCAGCGUCUCGCGCCCCGUCUCGCAGUCCGGCUGGGGCUGGGGCUGCGCGGCGGCUCGGGGCUGCGCGCUUCCGUCUCCGCGCCCCGCUGCCCCCCUUCCCCACCCCCUGCCCGCCCCCCAUCCUCCUCCUCCUCCUCCUCCUCCUUCUCGCCCCGGCGUCUCUCCGCAGCCUCGGCCCCGGCAGCGGCGCCGGCCCUCGGAGAAUUAACUAGGCUUCAAAAUGAAAGUGAGGAAGAAGAGUCCCUGAAAGUAUCAAUUUGAACAAAAAUUAUUGCUGGUAGAGUAUACUUCAAGAAUGAUACAAUGUUAAUGCUUUCUAUGUACAGCUCUGUAAGGAUCUUCUCUAAGGAGUUGCAAUAAGACAAACACUGAGAAUAAUUUUGCUCCGGUACAAUGUGGUGAAGCAGAGGAACUGAAAUUGUGCACUUUUUUGUACAGGCUAAGGACUUAAAAUGUUUGUUAUUUUGUGAGCAGAAGCAGUUCUGGAGUGAAUUGAACAUCUGAAAAUGCGGCCAUGGACUGGUUCCUGGCGUUGGAUUAUGCUCAUCCUCUUUGCUUGGGGAACUUUACUUUUUUAUAUUGGUGGACACCUGGUACGAGACAGUGAGCACCCAGAUCAUUCUAGUCGUGAAUUAUCCAAGAUACUUGCUAAACUUGAACGUUUAAAGCAGCAAAAUGAAGACUUAAGGAGGAUGGCAGAAUCUCUCAGGAUACCAGAUGGUCCCAUUGAUCAGGUACCAGCUGCAGGAAAGGUACAUGCUUUAGAGGAGCAACUUUUAAAGGCCAAAGAACAGAUAGAAAACUAUAAGAAGCGGCCAGGAGAUGGGGGCCUUGGAAAAGACCAUGAGAUACUGAGGAGAAGGAUCGAAAAUGGGGCUAAAGAACUUUGGUUUUUCCUCCAGAGUGAACUAAAGAAGUUAAAAAAACUAGAAGGAAGUGAACUGCAAAGACGCAUUGAUGAAUUCCUGUCUGAUCUGGGUCAUCAGGAAAGGUCAAUAAUGACGGACUUGUACUACCUCAGUCAAACAGAUGGAGCAGGAGAUUGGCGGGAAAAAGAGGCCAAAGAUCUAACAGAUCUGGUACAGAGGAGAAUAACUUACCUACAGAACCCGAAGGACUGCAGCAAAGCUAAGAAACUUGUGUGUAAUAUCAACAAAGGCUGUGGCUAUGGUUGUCAACUUCAUCAUGUAGUCUACUGCUUCAUGAUCGCUUAUGGCACUCAGCGAACACUUAUUUUAGAGUCUCAGAAUUGGCGCUAUGCUACUGGUGGAUGGGAAACUGUGUUUAGGCCUGUAAGUGAGACAUGUACUGACAGAUCUGGUGCCACCACUGGACACUGGUCAGGUGAGGCUAAUGAUAAGGAUGUUCAGGUGGUGGAACUUCCCAUUGUUGACAGCUUGCACCCACGGCCACCUUAUUUACCAUUGGCUAUCCCUGAAGACCUGGCUGAUAGGCUAAUUCGUGUACAUGGGGAUCCUGCAGUGUGGUGGGUCUCACAGUUUGUCAAAUACUUGAUUCGUCCACAGCCUUGGUUAGAAAAAGAAAUAGAGGAAGCUACAAGGAAACUUGGUUUCAAGCAUCCAGUAAUUGGUGUUCAUGUUCGAAGGACAGACAAAGUAGGAACAGAAGCAGCAUUUCAUCCCAUUGAAGAAUAUAUGGUGCAUGUUGAAGAGCGGUUUGAACUUCUUGCUCGCAGAAUGCAUGUUGAUAAAAAAAGAGUGUAUUUGGCUACGGAUGACCCUUCAUUGUUGCAAGAGGCCAAAUCCAAGUAUCCAAAUUAUGAAUUUAUCAGUGAUAACUCCAUAUCUUGGUCAGCAGGACUUCAUAAUCGAUACACUGAAAACUCCCUGAGAGGCGUUAUUCUGGAUAUCCACUUUUUGUCUCAAGCAGACUUCCUUGUCUGUACAUUUUCAUCCCAGGUUUGUCGAGUUGCCUAUGAAAUUAUGCAGACAUUGCAUCCAGAUGCUUCAGCAUAUUUCCACUCACUGGACGAUAUCUACUACUUUGGGGGACAGAACGCCCACAACCAGAUUGCUAUUUAUGCUCAUCAUCCACGAACUGCUGAUGAAAUUCCUAUGGAACCUGGAGAUAUAAUUGGAGUAGCUGGAAAUCACUGGGAUGGUUAUUCAAAAGGCAUCAAUAGGAAAUUAGGAAGAACAGGCCUGUACCCAUCUUAUAAAGUUAAGGAAAAAAUUGAGACAGUCAAAUACCCUACGUACCCAGAGGCUGACAAAUAGAAUAAAAUGAAGACAUUCGACAGUGAUUCUCACUUCUAAUUGGUUCAAACCAGUCAACAUACUAACAAAUGGUUUAUAUGGGAUUUGAAUUUGCAUUUUAACAUGCAGUUAAAAUCAAAGCCUUUGGUAAUGAAACUGGAAAAGAAGCUGAGAACAAAUGGAUGGGCUAUUAUCUGAACUUACUUCUAAACAUUUUUUGUUAUAUGCGCUCUCACACAUGCACACACAAAACCACAUACAACAGGAAAACUGUUGUUUUAUACCUUUUGUCUCUUUUCAAGAUUUGUCCCAGUCAGUAGUCUUACAUGAGCUUUGGGCUCUUUCCUCUGCUAUUAAUUGACAAUAAUGCUCAGACUUAUAACACUGCCACAUCGUGUAAUUUGAGUGACAUGAACAUAUUUUGUAUGUGCAAAAUUUAAAACAUGGUGCCUAUAUUUGAAAGAUUUGUGACCUUUUUAAAAGAGCCAUGCCUAUUUCACUAAUGGGCAAAAGUCAAUCUUCAACUGGUGUUACCGUGACCACCGAAUUUGCUUCAGAUUCAAAUUUCAGACUAGGUUUCUUUACAAGUUUAUUUUUAGCAUUCCACUGAUUACUUCUCAUCAUUAAUAAAAUAAAGGAUACAUCCAACAAUAAAAUAGUCACUGUCUGUUAGGAAUUUUUGUAAAACAAUGCCAUAAACAAAUUCUUUAGUACUGAAUGUUUUUGGACAUUGCCUUUGAUUUAAAAAUAAAAAAAUGAAAAAUAAAAAAAAACAGAGAAGGAAAAAGUAGCUGAGCUGGAGUUUCAUCAAAUGUUUAAGUAUGCAUGUAGUACAACAACAGCUAGCAGUACUGUGGUUGUCAAUGGGUUUCAGCAGGAUCAUUUCAGUGGCGCAAUGUCUUACAUCUACUCUCUAGGAUUGUUCUUUUGCCCUCUCUGUUUUUCUUCUGAUUUUUUUUUCAUGGUAUUAUAGAUAGCUAUGUAUCAUUUUGGCAUUGAAUCUAGUUGCUUUUAAGCAAAAAUGUUCCAAGUUCUCCUAUUUAUAAAUCCCACCAAUUUAGAUGUAAUUUCAGAAGAAUCAGUAGAUGCAAUUUUCACCGGAUUGUUACUCAAAAAAUCCAACAGUUUACCCAGAAAAUAGUAGAUUCCAGUAAAAUAUAAACAAGGAUAAUUUUUUUUUUGCAUGACAUUAAAUUGUUAGUAAUUCUUAGUGUUUUGAAAUUUGUUGCUAGUCUGCUCUUUAUUAAGAAGAGAGAUAAUUUAAAAAAAAAUAAUUUUACAAACAGAUUUGCAGAUUUGAGGGGUUUGUAUGUGCGUGUAUAUAUAUAAAUGUACAAGAUAUUAAGAGAGUAUUUCCAAAUAGAAAGAAUAUUAAUGGCAUUUUACAGGUUGUAGUGCAAUCAGAUCUGGAAUACUGGAAGUGCAAAAUAUGUUUACUAUUCAGGGACUGAAAAAAAUGCCACGCUUUAAAAAAUGUGUCUGGUUGACCUUAAGCAAAAGUUAAAAAGAUAUUUAAUUAUAUUUAUGAAUUGGUAAAGGACAAUUUUGACACAAGAACAAGCAGAUGCACUUGGCCAUGAAUAAAUUCUAGGCUGAAAAGAAGGAAAUCCCUGGAGGUGUGAAGUUUUGCAAUAGUUUUCUAAUUGAAAUAGUGGUGAGUUAGGUAGAAUUUGAUUGGUAUAUAAUGGAAUUAACCAAUUAGUUCUCUGUGAUAUUAUUUUCAGGACAGAUCCUGUAGAACCCUUCCAGGUAUGUGUUCCUCAAGUGAAAGACUAUUGUGUGUCUUGAAAAAGAACAACAAAAUCAAAGUUGAAUACUGCUGUCAAGAAAAAGAUAAGUUGCCUGUUGCUAGUAUUACAUAAGAAUUUUAGUAAAAAUGAGAAUAGACAAUGAAUGUUUUUAAAGACAGAUUGAAGAAUAAAGGCAAAUGAAAAAAAGUGGGGAAGAAAUGCUAAAGUUGAUUUUUUUUGUGACUGAAGCUGGCUAGAGUUAACUACUAUUUCUGUAUUUUGGAACUACUGAGGAAGCUGUUUGAUGUUAGUUUCCUGUCUAAGUGAUUCUGACAAAUUUUCCACUAGCUUAAGCCAAACUUGUGUUUUUUCAGAGGCACAACUGUAAGCUAAUUUACAACUUUUUUUUUCCUUAAAUUUGAAUGGUACAUAUAAAUCCAUUGUUACUUUCCUUUUUAGCUUGAAAAAAAAUCUAAAACCAAAAACAUUUAUUCCUCAAUGGUUACAUAAAAACAUUUUAUCUUUGGGAAAUCUAAUUUUUAAUUAUUUCCACACAAAUAUUACGAUAUAUGUUUGAUGGUUUUAGAUUUUCAAAGCGUUUUAUUUUGAAGCUUUUUAAUUACAGCUUCAGACAUCAUAAUUCCCAGCUCAUUUCUUUGACAGUAAUGCAGAAAUAGUAUUCAUAAAUGAAUUAACAUAUGAAAAAAUCCUCUCUAGUCAGGUAAGUCAAUUGAAAAUAUCACUGAAAAAUAUAAAUAGCAGAACAUCUAAGAUGAACCCAGAGGCAAGAGCAGAUCUUCUGAUGUAAUAACCAGAGAAAUGAAAACACUGAUGCUGUAGAGGAACUACCCAAAUUAAUUUGUCAAUUGCUUAGCUAACUACGAAGGUGACAAAUUAUUGGCAAGGUACCUGUGUGUCCUUACAUAUUCUGAAUAUCUAGUGAAUAAUUAUCUCUUUGUCUUGAGAAAAUGAUAGUGAAAUAGUAUGAAAUUAUAAAAUUACUGUUAAUAAUUAAGAAAUGUAUUGACGUAGAUACUGUGACCUUAUUCCCCUGGGUUGUAUGAUUCUCUAGUGCUUACAAUGGAGUACUUCUCAGAGGAAGAAACUUAGCAAUAGGCUGCUUGCUAGAUGCUUCUGUUUCUAGAGAUGUUUCCUUUAAGACAACUGGUUAGUGAUGUCUUGGAAUCCUGGGACCGUGGGACAUUAAAAGUGAACUUGAUUCUCAGUGACACUGAGAUUGAGGUAAUAUGAAAGGAUCCAUGGGUAAAUGAAAAUGAAACCUCAAAAUUUUUAUUGUAGCUCACUGAAAAAUGAAAUAGCAGGAAACAAAUAUAUAUAUAUAAUUCUUAGAUACCUGAAAGAAGACUGAAUUUUUGAAAGUUGUAAACUCAUUAAGAUACCAGCCAGAAUGGUUGCAAGCAAGCAUUUACACAUCUUGUUCGUUCCGUUCACUUUGUAGCUCUGCAGCAAUCCAGUCAUGUAAUUUUUAUCUCAUACCAAACCACCAAGUCUGACAUCCGUAGAAGACAGCCCUUAUACUCUCUUAAGUGAGCUAAUGUUUAAUUAAAUUUUUCUUCUUUAAGAAGCAUUUGUGCAUGUGUGAGUGUGUGCGUGUUGUUUUCAUAAAAACAAACAACAACAACAGAAAAAACAGCAAAAAAACAGCAAGCUAUUGUUUCGUUCUUUGCUCUUUUACAUUAUCAUUCUUACAUUCUUUGUAAUAACUUAUUUUCUAGGUAAAUGUAGUCUCUGUAAACUGAAAAUUCUAAAUGCUUCUCACUAGCUGAGCUAACAAAUCUCUUCUGAGUAGUUCAGUUAACUAGUCUUCUGUGACCUUGGUACACCUGGAGACUGGGGUCAUCAUCAGUUUGCUGCUACAAUUACACCACCCUGAGUUCUGUUCUUGAUUUUCUGUCAAGCCUACAGUCAGAUGCAUGGAAUUCACAAACCUCCUCUACUAACAUGCUGUUCUGGUGAAUUGCAAAGUGUUUUGGAUUUGUUUUUGAAGGGUGAUAUUUUAUUUCAAAAUUUUGAAAUAUUUAUCUUCUGAGAAAUGUUUUGUCUACCCCUUCUACCAUGGAAUUUUAAGGAAACUUGCAAUUUCCCGAAAGAUUUAACUUCUUUAUUAAUUUUUCAGAGACGAGUAACGAUGAUAUGUUUUUUUAUGGAGAGAUUCAUAAUCUAAAAAUUUUCUCUGGAACUGAAACAUAUUUAAUUUUCAGGAGAGGAUUUUGUUUCUUUGGUUUGCAAUUAAAAAAUGUGGGUCUCAGCUUCUGAGCUAAGAACAUAAUAGAAUAUAAAAUAGAAAAUUUUCUUUACAAAUUCUCCUUGAUAAGGGGAGGAAGAUAUUCCUUCAUGCCAAUGGAGUAACAUCUGCCAUUUGGAACUUCUUCAAAACAAUGAAUUGAACUUUUGUUUUUCCAGGUCAUAAGAUUCUUUGCAAUGUAAUCUCUUGAGUGUUUGAAGAAUCCAGGUAAAAAGCAUUUAGGGAAUUCUCCUUUCUUUAGGGAAGGAGAAAAUCUAACAAGAAGGCAUGAUAUUAUACUUCUAAGUUGCUGAAUUAGUUUAAUAAAACCACAGUAUACAAGUAAACAUUUCAGUUCUGGGUUAAGGACCUCUGCCAGCAGAAUCAUUCUGCUCCUUGCCAGAAAUACUUACAAUUUGCAGUCCUUUUUUGAUUUUGCCUAAUACAACUCCCAGUCAUGUUUAUAAACAUUGUGGUAGUCAUACUCUGGUCUUUGGCUGUUACUGUAUUACAUUUUUGUUCCUUAUUGGGGUUGAUGGAGUCUUUGGGGAAGGCUGCCAAAGGGCAUAAACUUUAUUUGGUUCACUUAUUGUGUUGAAUUAAAACUGCAUUUAAAACUCACAAAAAUUACAUUUGCCUAAAGCACCACUAGAAUUCUCUUUGCAGACCGCAGACUUAUGUUAAGGUCCCCUAUAUGUAUCUACAAGUUUUUAUGGAGCAAGACUGAAGGAAAAAAAGUUAUGUAUAAAUGCCAACCAUAAACAGGCUGGGCUAGACUUCAUAGCAUUCUGUUCGUUUCUAAAAGGCAUGAAAUAUGACAUUGCAUGAGACGAGUAAGAAGAUGGUAUAAAAUUCCCAAGCCUGCAAAAAAAUUGUUAGUGUCUGCCUGCAUCACUGGUUGCAUUCAUUGUGUACGAGAUUAUUUCAGAAUCAAAGUAUAUGAGGCAGAGGUCUUUCAGCAUUACUACAGAAAACUGAGAAUCCUUUCCACAAUGUGUUUGCAGUAAAAAGUGCUGGUCUUUGCCACUUUUGGUACUGUGUACAAAUACUUAACAGUGCUGAUGCUGUUUGCUAUUUAGUAGAACCUUUAUUUUGCAUGUUUAUUUCCUUUGACUUAACUUACUUGUCAGCAGAAUCCUAUUGCCACUUCACUUGAAGCAACGUUGGAUUAAUACAAAGGCAUGCCAAUAAUUUGCACAAAAAUGUCUUUACCAUUGCUUAAAAUUAACUCCAUGCUCUUAGGCUUACUCCUAAGAAGACAGCUGAGGGAAGGAGUCAUCUCUGCUGGGCUAUACAGUCCAUGUUAUAUAAUUGCUGUAACAUGCAAGUUUUACUUUCAAUUUUGCAUGAUUUUUCCCCUUUCUACCGAUUAAGAAUAUUAUUUUUAAAUUUAUUUAUGAAAGGUUAUACGGAACACACUGAGACAAAGUCCCGACUAUCCUAUACUUUCUUGAAGAACUUUACCCCAUUUCCUCUAAUUGUCCUAAAAACAUCUACCAGUCCCAGCAUUUUCACAGAAUCUUCUUGAUCGAUGUUUUCUGAAGACUGUGACAUUUUUAUGCUCUUCCAUUAGCCCUGCUGCCUACUUGCAUCUGAGCCUGGUCAAAUGUUUGUAUGAACAUUUUUAAAAGCUUUCUGCUUAGUGGCUUUUGAUUUAUUUGCUAGUUGUUAGUGAUCAUUACAGGACCAGAAAAGCAAGGGACAUCAAAAAAUAUUUGAUUUUUCAUAAAAAUGUAAUUUAUAUUUCUUUCAGUUUUUGUUUUUGUCUUCUUUUCUGUGUUUGUUUUUGUUUUCUUACAAGAUGCAUUUUCCUAUUUUCCUGAAAUGGUAUAUUCAAGGAAUCAAAGAGAAAACUCCAUAAUCAGAUGUAAGCAUUCUAAACAUUUAUUAGGUAUAAAGUGUAGAAGUUCCUUGUUUAAUAAGAUUUGCUACUCACACCGUGGCAAACUUCUUGACCAUAUGAAAUAUGUCUUCUCAUAGCAUUCCCCAUCAUUUUAGUCUUCCUGCUCUCUUUCCUUGGCUUUUUUUUUUUUUUUUUGCUAUAAAGAGCUGCACAAUUCUCGAUGACUCAACUGCAAGUAGAGCCACAAGAAUAUUACAUAUUUAGCUGUGAGAAUGCACUGAAUGUGGAAACUGCUGUCCAGUUCAGUUGUCUACAAAAGAUCUGUCUCGAAGCCUAAUGUGUUUGCUGAUAUCUUUCCAAACAGUAGCAACCUGGAGGAGUAGAAGGAGACCAAAAAGCAGGAUACCCUACUUCCUUCUUCAUGGAUGAGAAGGAAUCUGGCAUCUGUUAUGUCCAACUAAGAUACUGGAAAGGAACUGACUAGUGAUGGCAGUAGGUUUGCCUCACUGCUUCAGCUUGUUGCUGCAGAAUGAUGUUUGUUGAAUUUAUACUUUUAAAUCUGUGGUCACUUUUUAACUUCUACUUGAUUUCACUUAAGAAUAAAAUUGUUAUACUAAAGGAAUAAGUUCAGAUUUGUGGGACUAAGCUGCCAAAUAACAAUUCUCCUUGCUUCAGAUGGAGUUCAUUUUGCACUGAAGUUUUUUAAAAUGAUUUUUUGCUUAUGACUAUAUUUCAAUUAUUCAGUAAAGGUAAACAAAUCCUGUUAGGUUGGCUUGACCAUUUUUUAAGCUGGGUGUCACUAGAUAUUAUACAGAGGCUACAACUAAUGAACCUUUGCAUAAUAGAUUGAGGACUGAUGGAUUCCUUUGCUUAAUGUUUCUUUUGCUUAUAUAAGACAAAGAAUGUUUUCUAAAUGUAAAAUAAAUUAUAUGUACAGGAUGUAUCUACCUGUUCAGAAUGUGUUUCUCUGAAGCUGCUAGCAUGUUAUGACUGCUUUUUAUUAUGCCAAUUCGUAUUAUUAGCUUAUAUUCUUAUGCUUCUGAGUGUGUUGCUCAUUCCUUUUGUCCAGUGUUUAGGUUAUAGGAUUUAUGAUCCAGGAUUUUCCCCCCUCCUCCCCCUGCCUUUUUUUUUUGUUUCCAGUGCUCUUGUCACAAUGGGAUCCUUGUCAUUCAGUAGGAUCCCUAGACAAUACAGUAAUAAUAGUCAUAAGAUGAGCUAAACAUUUCAUCAAUAAUGCUCAGUUCAAUUUGAUUUUGUAAUGAUUGCUUUUAUUUCUGUUGCAUCAAUAUUUUCUGUAGAUGUUUAUAUUGAUUAUUUACUGUUAUGUGCAUGAAAAGAAAUUCUUAAACCAAACCACAAGCCCAAAUGUCAGAUGUCAGAUUCAGGAACGUAGUCUUAGCUCCUUCCUACAUGGUGGUGAUAUUUGUUAUUGUUAGCGUAUUUAUAUGUUCGGUUCUGAAACAGGACAGUGGUUUAAGAAAUUAUCUUGUGUACUUUGCUCUCAUUCCUUCUCUUGGAUCUUAGAAACUUACUGUAUGCUGUGAACGUAUUUCAGUGUGAACUGAAAUAGAUUAAUUUAUGCCAAUGCUCAUUGGAUUGAUGUAUAUUAGUGAGAGCUUUGAAAGUCAACAUGGAAGUAUACCAUUCAUUUCUGUGCUUUUAAAAUUGUAUAUAGGAGAGUCAGGGUAAGAACCAAUGGAAUAAUAGGCUUUUGUCACAUUUUGUCACAUUUUGUUGAACUGGCUAGAGCUUACUCAUGCCCUUUUUUGUUCUCAAGUUAACUUGUUGCAUUAAUAUUCUGUGGAGAGACAAGUGCUUACACCAUUGCAGACAGCUGUGUGUAAUAGGAAGGGAUAAAAUCUGUUGAAGAGUCUAGAAGAAACCUCUGGAAGAUGAAGAGGAUCAUAGAAUGAUAUGGAUUGGAAGGGACUCUUAAGGAUCACUUAGUUGCAACCCCCUGCAGAGACACUUUCCACUGGAUGCGACCAAAGUAAUGGUUGGCUUGGCAUGAAGGUGUCUUAGCUUUAUCUGCUGAUGAUGUUGACUGGAGAUCUUGUUCAUAUCUUCCUGGUCUGUCCCUUCAGGAUUCAUUUAAAAGACACACAUUAUUCCAUCAUGACUUCAUGAUGGAUGGGUAUCAGUUUCAGAACAUACUAUUCUUUCCUGACAAGAUCCAUCCUGUCAAUGCAUGCGCUCUGCUCUACUACCUCUAUAGUGAACCAGUCUAGAUUUUCCUUUUUCCAUUGCUGCAUUGCUUAGUUGAUUUUGAUCUCCCAUGAAAGUCUCCCUUGAAGCCUUUGUCUUCUGAUAAAGACAUACACGAGUU